AAGCGGUCAACAUACAUAAUAUUGGCGGUGCGGUUCAGUUUGAGUCUAAGCCGAGCUACAGUGCGUACACUCUAAAAACGAUAUCAAGCACCGAUGUGUUAAUACUAUAAAUAGUGCAAGUGAAAGCGCCAAGGAGAAAAAAUAAAAAACCAACCGCGUGUGGAGAAUUCCCAGAGCUACAGCAAGAUGCACAGAAAUGAAACGAGCGUGGGAGCAACAAUACAGGAUAUUGAAAUUGUAACAAAUUGGCAAAUGCCGAGUGAGAAAUGCAAAAAUAAUCAACAACGUGGACGUGGACGAAGAAGGCGGCGACGUGAGCAGCUAACGGUAACGGCUGGCAGCCAUUUUGCUGGCAUUUUUUACUGCAUCAAUUUGGCAAUUUGGAUUUGCUGCCUAGCCCUGGCCCUGGCCCAGGGCACAAAUGCCGCGAGCACUGAUAGCGACAACAGCUCAACAAAUGUGCUGGUCGCGGUCACGCCGAGUCCAAGCAGCAGCCAACUCACCAGCUCACCCCCAAUUGAUGCGCCUCUGGAGCAGCAACAGCCGCAAGGCCAAUGCCUGCUGGACGGUCUCUGGGUGCCGGAGACGACGGUGCAUUGCGAGAAGCAGACAAGCUGCCGCGCCAUCCAGCGCACAGGACACUGUUGUCCCGAUUAUAAAUGCGAUUGCGAAAAGGAUGGCAAAACGUAUGCGAAUGGUUAUAAAUUGGUUAGUCCGGAUACUCCAUGCACUGUCUGCUAUUGCAAAGGUGGCGAGAUUGUUUGCAGCCCCGUAACCUGCUUCCGCCGUGAUGACUGCCAGCCCAAAUACGUGCCCGGUCGCUGUUGUCCCGAAUACGAUAACUGUCCAAUUCUUGACAAUAAUCCGCAGUUGGGCAGCGAAACAAGCAGCGCAGUGCCAGCAACAGCAGCGCCAACCACAGCGGGAGCAGCUGCAGCAGCAGCAGCUGGAGCUGGUUUCAAUUGGAAUAUAACCAUCAAGGAGAUAACCAAGCCGACGGAGAUACGCAUUACCGAUGAUAACCACAAGCCCAAACAGCCGAUACCAAUGCGCACGCCAGCAACCACAAGUGCGCCAGCAACACCAACAGCAGCAGCAGCAGCCAGCACAACAACAACAGCAGCAGCAACAGCAACAAGCGAUGCGCCAACAACAACAGCAGCAACAACUGAAGCAACAGCAACACCAGCAGCAGCAGCAGCAACAAGCUCAGCGCUUAGCCAAGACAACAACCAUAAAGCACUUCCAGUCAACAGCAGCAGCAGCGGCAGCAGCGAAAGCUUAAAGCUCAUUGCUUCAGUGGGCUACGUAGAGCGUCCGCUUAAUCACAGCCACGAUAGCAACUUGGUCAUCUACAAUGCCGCCCAGGGAUUGCAGCCACUGACAGAGAAUGAUCCCAGCAAAAUAAAUAUCAAACGGGAGUACACUACAGAGGGCAUGACGGGUGUGCUACCGAGCAAGCUGGAGAUUGUAGCAGUAGCGUCGGAGCUGGAGCCGGAUACGGCGGGCAGUGAUAAUAUUUAUCAUAUAAUCUCAACCACUGAAGGUCCUGCUGGCAGCAGCAGCAGCAGCACUGAGCUCAACGCCAGUUCAAGCUUUGAAAGCAGCAGCAGCAACAACACCUUGGACAGCGAGUUUAGCACUGAGGGCUUGCCCAGCAGCAGCAGUGAAGCCCCCGCAGCUUCGAGCACGCCAACAGCAUUGCAUCAUUUGGAGGAGGAAGAAGUAGCGCAAGUUGAAUCCAAUCCGGCGUAUCCCUCGCUGCCCGAGGAUGAUUUCAGUCUGCGCGAUGUCAACUUUCCGCUUGUCGAGCUAGAAGACAUUGUGGAGGCGGAGAAUAAGGAUGAGCAACGCAGCAUUGUCAGUCCCUUUGAGCGUGAGCAUAAGCUUGCUCAGCUGGUGACAGACUCGCCGUCACUGGAUGCCAGCGGCAGUGGCAUGGGCUUGAUCAUGGGCAGCGGCAGCGGCGACAUGGAGCUGAAUCAAUCGCUGCCCAAUGCGCCAGAGCAGCUGCAAGCGCUGGCCAGCAGUCAGGCGCCGAUGUCAGUGCCUUUGAUGUAUAGCGUGGAGGAGAACUCCGCCGAGACGCGCAUACAAAAUGUAAGCGAUGUGCUGAGGCUGGAGCGACAGCAGCUGGAGAAUGAAACAAGCGCUGAGCUUGAAGUGGGCAGCGGCAGUUUGGAGCGCCGCGAGGCCACCACACCCAAGGCCAAGCGUGAGCUCGAUAUUGAUAUAGAUGAGCUGGGCUCGGGUGCUGGGCAGGCAGCCCAAGGAUCCGUUGCCAAGGAUCCCAAAGAGGAUGCAGAGAGUCUCAAGCUUAACGAUAGCCAGGAGCAGAGUGAGGGAGUCGCCAGCAAGACAACGACGCGCGCCGAGAAAAGUUUCGUUGACUUGAGCAGCAGCGCUGGAGCGAUUGCGGGUCAGCAGCGCCUGGAGCGUCUCUAUCUGCAUCGAAUAUACUGAGAGUAGCGCCAUAGCAAACUGAAUAAUGCGGUGUAUAUAGAAACUAAACUAUUUAAAAUUCCAAGCCUAAUUAACAGCAAUUAGCCAAGUAAUUAAAAAAGAGCACGUUGUCAUCAACUAUGUUGCAAAAAAUAAGCUGCAAUUACUUAAGUAAUUGCCACUAACGUAAUUGCGAUUACUUAAGUAAUUAGCACAGUAAUUAAGUUAUUUAAAGAAGCGCUAAGCUUAAACGAAAAUUCAAUUUAUUUCAAUUUAAUUUACUUCUAUUGAAUUUAUUAAAAUCAUACUUGCAUAUAAGUCUUUAGCCACAAUUACAUAAGUACAACGAAUAAUAUAACAAAUCACAUUCUGCUGGGCUCCCCAAAUGCAAUAAUAAUAAUAUUUUAAAAACAUAUAUAUUUUUUUGUC